AUGGUGGAAGACAGACGCGGUUUGGCUGGACACGCCACGAUGAGGGCGUUCAUAGAGGACCGGUGGGAGCGCGACCCGGGCAAUCCCUCAGCGGGGUACGGCAUCACGCGCGUGCUGGAGGGCGGGCGAGUGCUGGAGAAGGCCGCCGCUAAUGUGUCCAUCGUGCGAGGGCAGCUGACGGAGGCGCGCGCCAAGGCCAUGAGUGCUCGGCAGGGUCGGCAGCUGGCAGCGGGGGCGGGGUACUUUGCGGGGGCGCUGUCACUAGUCUUCCACUCCGCGCACCCGCUCAUCCCCACCUUCCGCUCCGACAUCCGCUACUUCCAGGUGGACGGGCAGAAUGGCUGGUUUGGUGGAGGGGCCGACCUCACGCCCUCAUACCUCUUCCCAUCGGACAUAAGCGAGUUCCACGCCUUCUACCGCACCAUCUGCGAGCGCUACCACCCAGCCCUGUACCCGGCAGCCAAGGCGCAGUGCGACAGUUAUUUCUACCUGCCGGCGCGCAGGGAGCACCGCGGGGUGGGCGGCAUCUUCUUUGACGACCUCGACGCCAUCCCCCCGCCCACCGCCCCCCUCGCCCUCGCCCCUGCUGCCGCUACUGCUGGUGCAGCUGCUGCUGCUGCGGGUGACGGUGCGGACGAGGAGGGCUUUGAGCGCGCGCAUGGGUUCUCGGUGGACGUGGCGCGCGGCUUCAUGGACAGCUUCUGGCCCAUCGUGGAGCGGCGCCGCGGCCUGGCGUUCACAGAGGACCAGCGGCACUGGCAGCUGGUGCGGCGCGGGCGGUACCUGGAGUUCAACCUGCUGUACGACCGCGGGGUGAAGUUCGGCAUGGAUGGCAGCGGACGGGUUGAAUCCAUCAUGGUCUCCGCCCCGCCGCUAAUAGCGUGGCGCUACAACGUGCAGCCGCAGCCAGGCUCGCCAGAGGAGGAGCUGGUCAAGGUGCUCAAAGCGCCUGUUGAGUGGGCGUGA